AAUUGAAUCCUAACCUCGGCAAGUGUCAGAGUGAGAAGAAGAGCUGAUUAUUCAAAUAAAAGAAAAGUUAUUCAAAUAAAAAAAGUUGUAUCGUUUGUAAUUAAUUACAGUGUAUGCCGCAUGAUAACAUGAAUUAUACAUGAUACGUUCUACGUGACGCAAUUAAAACUCAUAGUGUACUGUAAAUAUUUAAAAGUGAGGUUAUAAUUUUGGAAUUAUGUAUAUAUUGAAUAAAAUAUUUGCAUUUGAUCGUUCACGAGUGUUCGCAAUUAAAAUUAAGUCAAUUUACUCCCAGACAUCUAAAAGGUAUUGCGUAAAGUAUGUGCAAGGACAAUCGCCAGAACCUCGAGUUCGUGAAUAUUUUUAUUACAUCGACCAUCAAGGCAUGUUGUUCCUGGAUGAUACACGUAUGAGAAACUUCACAUCAUGUUUUAAAGAUAAAAAGUUUUUAGCCUUUUUUUUCAAGCGCUUAAAAAAGAACGACACAGGUAGAUAUGUAGAACAUUUUCCUUAUGUUUCUCUUUGUGGUCCAGAGAGAAAUUUUAUAAGAUGUGAUGAUUUGCCAAUAGUUUUCACAAAAGUUCUUAAAAUGUAUAAUAGUGCAACAAAGAAAACCGAAGACUGCUUUGGUUAUGCUCACGCUGAAGAAUUAUUAAUGGUUCCAUUUCAACCAGACAAAAUAUAUAUGGAUAUUCAAUCAGGAAGAGUAUAUCAUCCUGCACCUGAAAAGGCAGGAGGAAUUGGCCUAGUGAGGUCAAAAAUUGCAAUUGAAUUUAGCCCAUUAUUUAACUUUGAAAAAGGAGAAGAAAAUGGUCCAACACAUAUCUUUUGGGAAAAUAAGAAAUAUACUUUAGAUUGCAAUUGGUAUAAGGAUAAAGUACCACAGGCUGUCAGAUAAAAAUAAAUAAACUUUAUUUUUAAUUAAAAAAGAAAACUAAGCACGAUAUAUGAACAACUUUGAUAAAAUGUACAUAUAUUUUUAGAUAAUAACAAAGAUUUAUAAUUGUUAUCUAUCUAAUAAAUUUUGUUAAGAUAAAGAUGAAAUAUCAAAGAUUCUAGCUGUAGAAUCAUCAGAUGUUGUCAGUGCUUUUUCUCCAUUUCUAAAAGGUUGUUAUUGUUUUUAUUAAAGGGUUGACAUAAAAAAAUAAAUAUCUAUAGUUCUUUCAACUUA